AUGGCACCUUACGAGGCCUUGUAUGGCAGGAGAUGUCGGACACCUUUGUGUUGGCAGCAGGAUGGAGAGUCUGUGGUUCUUGGCCCAAAAUUUUUACAACAGACUACUGAGAAAGUAAGGGUAAUACAGGAUCGGAUGCGUGCAACUCAGAGUCGGCAGAAAUCCUGCGCAGAUAAGAGGAGGAGGCCACUUGAGUUUGAGGCUAGUGACCACGUGUUCCUCAGGGUUACACCUACAACAGGUAUUGGGAGAGCAUUGAAGUUGAGGAAGUUGACUCCUCGAUUCAUCGGUCCAUAUCAAAUUACCAGGCAAAUUGGACCGGUGGCGUACGAGAUUGCAUUGCCACCUCACUUGGAAAACUUGCACAAUGUUUUCCACGUAUCACAGUUGAGGAAGUACGUGGCGGAUCCUACUCAUGUGCUGGAGCAAGAUGAUGUACAGGUGCGUGAGAAUCUAACUUUGGGGGUUGGACUAGUGAGAAUUCUGGAUUCUCAAGUCAAACAACUCAGAGGGAAGGAGAUUCAGACUGUGAAGGUCCUCUGGGACGAGGCAACCCAGGAGAUGACAUGGGAGAUAGAGGACCUCAUGAGGAAGUUUUAUCCUCACCUUUUUGCUGGUAAGUAUUAUUUUUGUGGACGAAAACUUUUAAAGGUAGGGGUAAUGUAA